AUGGCAGCUGGGGUGGCAGCAUGGCUACCUUUUGCGCGGGCAGCCGCUGUUGGCUGGAUGCCGGUGGCGUCAGGUCCUAUGCCACCUCCACCCAUAGGGGAAAAAAGAAGGUCUCAGGACUACUUGAUUGUAUUAAACGUCAGUGGUACCCGCUUCCAGACCUGGAAAAACACGCUAGAGCGAUACCCGGAUACUCUCCUUGGCAGCACGGAGAAAGACUUUUUCUUUAAUCAGGAUACGGGAGAAUACUUCUUUGAUAGAGACCCGGACAUUUUCCGCCACAUUCUCAACUUUUACCGCACAGGUCGGCUUCACUACCCGCGGCAUGAAUGCAUUGCAGCAUACGAUGAAGAACUGUCGUUUUUUGGUAUUAUCCCUGAGAUUGUUGGGGACUGUUGUUACGAGGAAUACAAAGACCGGAGAAGGGAGAACUUGGAGAGGAUAAUGGAUGACGCCGACGCUGAGAGCACAACGGAGGGACCACUGCCUCCCAUGUCGGCGAGGGAGAAAAUGUGGCGGGCCUUCGAGAACCCACACACCAGUACGCUUGCUUUAGUAUUCUACUACGUAACUGGUUUCUUCAUUGCAGUGUCCGUCUUCGCCAACGUGGUGGAGACUGUUCCAUGUGGUACCAUUCCAGGGACCAUGCGGGAGUUGCCCUGUGGUGAGCGUUAUGCUGUGGCCUUUUUCUGUCUGGAUACGGCAUGCGUCAUGAUCUUCACUGUGGAGUACUUGCUGCGGUUGGUGGCUGCGCCCAGUCGAUAUCGGUUUGUGCGAAGUGUCAUGAGCAUCAUUGACGUGGUGGCCAUCAUGCCCUAUUACAUAGGCCUUGUCAUGUCAAACAACGAGGACGUGAGCGGGGCUUUUGUUACCCUCAGGGUGUUCCGGGUUUUUCGGAUCUUUAAGUUUUCCCGCCAUUCGCAGGGCCUGCGGAUAUUGGGCUAUACCCUUAAGAGCUGCGCUUCAGAAUUGGGCUUUCUGCUUUUCUCCCUUACUAUGGCCAUCAUCAUCUUCGCCACCGUAAUGUUUUAUGCAGAGAAGGGCUCCUUAAACAGCAAAUUCACUAGUAUACCUGCCGCGUUUUGGUACACCAUUGUGACCAUGACAACACUGGGGUACGGUGAUAUGGUUCCAAAGACUAUAGCUGGGAAGUUAUUCGGUUCCGUAUGUUCCCUGAGUGGUGUGUUGGUCAUUGCAUUACCAGUACCUGUAAUAGUCUCCAACUUCAGCAGGAUCUACCACCAGAACCAACGAACAGACAAACGGAGAGCACAAAAGAAAUCAAGACUGGCUAGAAUUCGGGUGGCAAAAAGUGGAAGUGCAAAUGCUUACUUACAAAGCAAGCGCAACGGUUUACUAAGAGAGACCCAGGAUUCCAGUGAGGAGGAACACGCUCUCAUUACCAAGACUGGAUCUACAUUCGCAACACAGCAUCACCACUUGCUUCACUGUCUGGAAAAGACCACGAAUCAUGAGUUUGUGGAUGACCUGACCUACGAAGAGCGCUGCAUGGAAGUCUCUACCAUAAAUAAAGCAAGGAAUCACAGUUCCUCUUUGUCAUCCCAGCAUGAAGGCAGUAGCUUUUGCUGCUCAAGGAAAAAUAAAAAGAAUUUACGUAUUUCAAAUGCUACAACAUGUAGCCAUCAUGGAAGUCUUCAGGAGCUUAGUGCUAUCCAGAUUCAAUGUCUAGAAAGAAACCCACUACCAAACAGCCGUUCCAGUCUAAAUGCCAAAGUGGAGGAAACCAUCAAACUAAACUGUGAGCAUCCAUAUGUUACAACAGCUGUAAUAAGUAUCCCAACACCACCAGUGACUACGCCUGAGGAGGACGGUAGAUCAGCUUCCCCUAAUUAUCUACAAAGGAACAUUGUGAGAGUGUCAGCACUAUAAACUCUGCUCAAAGAGAUUUUUUUUUUAAGAGAUAACUGUACAGAAAAGCUCUGACACAAAGUAUACACUUCAAUCGCCCUGAGAUUUCCAAGCGGUGAAUUAUUUGCAAAUCAAUAAUAGACAAAAUGAUUUGAAUAAUGCAAAGGAACCGUAUAGUGUAUCUUCCAAUCCAGUAGAAGUAUGACUACAUACAUGAGCACAAUGAAAGAACGCCCACUGGUUGCAAUUUUUGGCUUUCCUAUUCCUUCACAAAUGCAACAUUUUAUAUGAAAAAAAAAAAAAAAGAAAAACUCUACAAAGAAAGUCUUUUUGGAGUCGUAAAAUUACUAUUACAGCAACGGAAAUAUUGUGAUUACAUUUUCCCUAGAGGAACGUUCCAUAAUGAGUAUGAAAGAACAUGCAUAACAAGUAUAUGUGUACUUAUUGAAAUUACAUCAGUAAUGCAUGCAGCCAUUCUUCAGAGCAGGGAUGUGAGAUAAUUGAAGCUGUUUCCACUACACAUUAUUUUAGAAAAAGGCCUUUCAGUGCGCUCACAACUGGAUGAAUCAUGUUUACAAUAUCAAAACAAAGACUAACAAAAGCAUACUGGGAGCAGUAUUUCUGAGAGGACGUGAUGUCCUGUAGAUAAAUGGCGUUUCCCUGUCGUUUUCUCGUUGGGUUAUCUUGUUUGGCAACAAGCGCAAUAAUUGUGUGUUUGCUACAAAACAAGUCUCUAUUUAUUUUCUAAUUCUCAGCUUUCUUCAAAGAAAAGUCUGUUUUGACACUCAAAACAGAUAUCUGUGCAUACAGGUUGAUUACGCUACUUCUCUUACUUUGUGUUGGUCAAAAAGCAAGCCUGAAUAUGAGCAAAGAUAAUAGCUAUAUUAGCUCAGUGGCGAUUUUGCAGGAAGGAUUUUUAAGAACUCUUUGAUUCUGGAACAUGCAUGAAAAUGGAUUGUUAUUGGUCUGGAAUGCUUGUGACGUUACCCUUAUUAUUUUGUAGUGCUGGUGAUGUCGGUUUUGAUGUUCAACAUUAAUAUCCUGUAGUCAUAAUGUACAUGCCGGACAAAUUCACUUAUUAUCCCUUAUGAACAGAAGUCAUUCUACUAAAACCAGGGACUCAAAAUUCUGAAUGUCAAUAUGUAUAGUGCCCCCGGGUGUGUCAACCAUCGCAAUUCCAGUGAGUUUGGUUAACCUGAUCUGGGAAAUGAAAGUCCCCAAGGUAAAAAAUUUGGCAUAAUAAAAGUUAUGCAUAGUGCAUAGGAAUAUCCUGGUUUUGUGUACCCAUCAUUGCAAAUUCCAUGAUUUUUUAAAAGA